GGACAUGGUGCAUCGACAAAUUUUUUAUCAAGCUAUUUGCAUCCGAGAUACAAGCUGUUCAAAGCUCUGGAGCAUGGUGCAUCGACUUGAAACUGCUAUGCCAAUUUUGACAGCUCAUUUCGAAGGCCAUCUACACUAUUGCAACGUCUAGAAAAUCAAAAAAUCAAAACGCAGUUGGAGAACAAAACGCAACAUUAAUGCUCGUGUCGUUUCCCCAUAAUAUGUCGGCUGCUCCAAAUGACCAACACGUUACAAGUCUGUGCUAUAAGAUGUCGGCCGCUAACUCAAACAGUUUUCUCAGGAUUUGCAAACGCAAAAAGACUUUAUUUUUCCUCUUUCUUGUUUUAAUAUUAUUUCUACUACAUAUUUGCUUCCAAAAGUCGAGAAAACAAAAGUUUACAUAUUCGCAAAAUGUGACACUACUGCCAAACAAUACUCGGGUUCCAAUUUACCAUCCUACCUGCAUUUCCAUCCUGAGCCAGAUGAAGCUCCCGGUGCCAUUUUUAAUUAUUGAUAUUGAUUUUUUAAAAAUGUUGGAUAAUAAUGUUUGCAAAUGGAGUUCAGAGAGGGUUAUAAAAGUCGCUGUAAAUUUAAAUCACUCUCCCAUAACAUACUUAAAUUCAAAAUUGGACAUAAUUUUCUACGAAAACGACCCUCUCAGGGAUUACUUGGAUCUAAAAUCAGAAGUUCGGAGGCUGAUUCCUAAAAAAUUUCAGACUCACUGGGUUGACAAUAUAGAAAUUCCGACGAAUAUCAAGCAGUUCUCUGAAUUUUGGAAGCGCUCAAAGUUUAUUGAUUGUUUGAAAUUAAAAGUUCCACGAGAAGAAUCUUAUGUCUUCAUGCCAGCGGAAGCAGCUGUAAAUGAGCUCGCGCAGCUCCGCGACGAGCUCAUCGAGUUCGAAAUGUACCCAUUUCUCAGCGGCGGGACAUUUCUCGGCUGGUACCGUGAGUGCUCAAUCAUUCCGCACACUACCGACAUGGAUUUAAUGGUUUUUGUGGAGGAUUAUAAUCCAAGCUACGUGGAAUUGUUGCAGCGUCCCAGGAACCCGUCUAGUUUCAGAUUGUCAAGACAUUUCGGGAUGAUCGAGGACUCGUUAGAGUUUACUGCACGUCCGAAGGACUUGCUGGAGUACCCAAUUGAUAUUACUUGAUAUUUAUUACUUGAUAUUAAUUGAUAUUAAUUGAUAUAAUUGAUAGUACACUGACUCAUCAUUGGGUUGGAGGACUCAGCCCUGACGGCACCAAAUACAAGUACACCUACCCUAUCUACGAUCCCUGGUGUGCUGCAGACUUUAACGGUCAUAUUUUCUGGGUCUCUUGCAUUCCGCUGGAGAAACUUGUGGCAGAAUACGGAGAGUUUUGGAAUUUGGACCACCAGUCAUCUGAAUUCGAGUGGAAUUUGUCGCACAAGAAUGUGAAAAACAAUGGAAAAUUUACAAAGGAACAGAUGAAGACGGUUUAUAAAAUGUUUGAGAAAAAUUUUUAAAUUUCCUGUUUAAUUUGAAACGUUUAAAUUUCAAGAAAAACUCAUUCUAAAACAGGAAUUCAAAACAUUUGCAACAUGGUGCAUCGACCUGAAACUGCUCUCCCCAAUUUUCAAAGCACACUUUGAUUGUUCUGUUUUUGAGUUACAUGUACAGUUUUAUAUUUUGUAAAGAUAAAUUAACGACGGAA